UUACCUAUUUGGCUGAACUGGUCAAAACUGGAAGGAACUCACCUCUGCUCUGCUCCUUUGGCUGCAUUUGCUAAGAGAGCUUAAUUUAUGGGGACCAAAGUGAUCCAGGAUCCAAGAUUUGCCCAACGGACAGAACACAAGGCUAAAAUAACUUUGGGUUGGUAAACCUGUGACUUCUCCCAAACGGGACGCUUGAGUUACAACAUUGUCCCAAUUUAGCAUGUUGUGUGAAUGUGGCCUUUCUCUCUCUCUCUCUCUCUCUUUCUUGUCUCACACACAGGCUGUGUUUGCACAACAGGUUUACCCAGACUUAGCAGCUGCAUGCGUACAGUAAGCUAAGCUUAGUUUUAACCUUGGCUUUGUGUGAGUGUGUCGGCUCUGUGUUGCAAUAUACGACAUACGUGUUCUGUGCAAACCCAGCCUGUUUAGCUAGUUUAUGGUUUUAGUGUGUUGCAUGAUUUCAGAAAAUAGUUUAAUCCAAUAACUAAGUGCUGUGUUAAUGCAACCACUGUGUCUUUUUUUUUUUGUUGGUUUACCUUCACCCACCUACCCAUCCCCAAACCCUUACCCUGUCCAGGCUGAAUCUGUUGCAUAGUACCGUGAGCUAACACAACAGCCAUAGUUUAACACACCUUCUUCUUUUUCCAGAAUGGGUUGAAUGGCUUACAUCUGGCCUCUAAGGAGGGGCAUGUCAAGAUGGUGGCUGAGCUAUUGCACAAAGAAAUUGUGCUGGAAACAACAACCAAGAAAGGGAACACAGCGUUACACAUUGCUGCUUUGGCAGGGCAAGACGAUGUCGUGCGGGAGCUGGUGAACUUUGGGGCAAAUGUCAAUGCACAAUCACAGAAAGGCUUCACGCCACUGUAUAUGGCCGCCCAAGAGAAUCACCUGGAAGUUGUCAAGUUCUUACUGGAAAAUGGUGCUAACCAAAACGUAGCUACGGAGGAUGGUUUUACCCCCUUGGCAGUGGCUCUGCAGCAGGGCCACGAAAACGUGGUGGCCCACCUGAUUAACUACGGGACGAAGGGGAAGGUGCGCCUCCCAGCAUUACACAUAGCCGCCCGUAACGAUGACACGCGAACAGCUGCCGUGCUUUUGCAAAACGACCCCAACGCCGAUGUCCUUUCCAAGACUGGCUUCACCCCUCUUCACAUCGCAGCACAUUACGAGAAUCUCAACGUGGCCCAGCUUCUACUCAACCGUGGAGCAAGUGUCAAUUUCACCCCCCAGAAUGGCAUCACCCCACUGCAUAUCGCCUCUCGACGCGGCAACAUCAUAAUGGUGCGGUUGCUGCUUGACCGGGGAGCUCACAUUGAGGUUCGCACCAAGGAUGAACUGACCCCAUUACACUGUGCCGCCCGCAAUGGGCAUCUGCGAAUUGCUGAAAUCCUGCUGGACCACGGAGCACCCAUCCAAGCAAAGACCAAGAAUGGCCUCUCCCCCAUCCACAUGGCCUCCCAAGGUGACCACUUGGACUGUGUGCGGCUUCUGCUGCAGUAUAACGCCGACAUCGAUGACAUCACAUUGGAUCACUUGACCCCACUGCAUGUGGCUGCCCACUGCGGCCACCACCGAGUGGCCAAAAUCCUGCUUGAUAAAGGAGCCAAGCCUAACGCACGGGCCCUGAACGGCUUCACUCCGCUACACAUAGCCUGCAAGAAGAACCACAUCAGGGCGAUGGAACUUCUUCUGAAGACGGGGGCCUCCAUCGAUGCAGUGACGGAGUCGGGCCUCACCCCUCUUCAUGUGGCCUCCUUCAUGGGAAACCUUUCUAUUGUCAAGAUCUUGCUCCAACGUGGAGCAUCCCCCAACGUUUCCAACGUGAAAGUAGAGACGCCUCUCCACAUGGCCGCUCGGGCUGGGCACAGUGAGGUAGCAAAGUAUCUUCUUCAGAACAAAGCCAAGGUCAAUGCCACAGCUAAGGAUGAUCAGACGCCACUGCACUGUGCCAGCCGCCUUGGGCACUGCACCAUGGUGAAGCUGCUCCUGGAGAGCGGCGCCGAUGCUAACCUCUCCACAACCGCUGGACACACGCCGCUGCACAUCACAGCCCGCGAGGGGCACCUGGAUUGUCUUUGUGCUCUCCUGGACAAAGAGGCGUCCCAGACUGCCGUGACUAAG